UUGUGAACGGAGAAUGAAUUGUCAUGUUAGGAACAUGAUUUGUCUACCUCAGAGAUCACAAGAAAAAUGCAGAAUAUUCCUUCUUAUCCUCUUUGUAAUUGCCAUUGAGUUAAUGCAGCCAACAAUAUCAUGCAAGAACCAAGACUGCAGCCAUCUUCACAGAAGUCUGAAGUUCACCAAGUUCAUGAACUGGAGCGCCUCAGAACUCUUAAAAACUUAUAGAGCCAGUCAAGGGGACUCCACAGACCUGAUCUGUGAAAUGCAAAUGGACAAUGUUCCAGAAUCAACCAUCUCAGGCCAGAGCAUACCCGAACGCAUCUUGAGCGUUUAUACCCACCUGAAUGAAUUUCUUCCGCAUCUAAGAACAGUGAUGGAGCAACAGACAGACUUAGAUCCUCCAACUAACCCUGUGGCUGAGGGACUUCACAGUAUGAUUAAAUAUGUCCGUCACUUUUCUGUGACAGUGAACUGUAUCUUACAAAUGCUGCAGCCAAAUAUACCUGUUCCUGAACCAGCUGAAAGUCCAAUAGGAAUUCCCCCUGCACAAAAUAUUUUCCAGCAGAAGGCCUAUGGAUGCAUUGUCUUGUCUCGGCUUCAGGAGCUCCUUAGUCAAGCAGUUCAUGAACAGAAGUUUAUUAGGAGUAAAAUCUGCAGAAAAAGGACAAAAAACAUUGUUUGAAUAAAAAGUGUACAGUGAAAAUCUCAACACAAAAUUAUGUGUAUGUAAUUUAUUACUAUUUAUUUUUGUACAUAUUUUUCUGUAGAAAAGAUGUCCAGAUUAUUAUGUUUAGUGUGGAUAUAUUUAU